UAGUGAGAGCCGAGAGGAUUCGUUCAACGUUUUAUCCUAAUAUAGCCUAUAGGUAUUUAUUAUUUUAAAUUUGAAUGUAAACAUCCUUUUGGUAAAUAUAAUGAAUAUUAUGAACUAUAAUUCAACGCAACUYGCUACUUAUUGCAAUCAAACGGUUURAAAUUUCUCUAGAGAUACCGAUUWUUAGUUUAUAUAAAAAAUGGAAUUUGUUUUAUUUAAUUUUACUAACUAAAAUUCGUUGGACCAAUUAUAUGAACUUUGCGACUCCAAAUCAUUGUUCGUUUGUAUAACUAUAAGAAUUAAAUAGUUAAUAGGUACUAAUACAGUAUGGAUAAAAAAAAAUUAAAUGCUCUACAACCGUUUGAAUUGCACAAAGAAUUAUUGGACAAGUAUCUAGAGUAUUGCAAAUUUGUUGAUUUAAAAAAACGUGAAAAACGUGAUUUCGAUGUUAUACAGGAAAAUCACAAGUUUGUAUGGGAAGAAGACGAUGAAGUUUUCACUUGGGAGCAGAAAUUGGCUAAGAAGUAUUAUGACAAGUUGUUCAAAGAAUAUUGCAUUUGUGACUUGAGUUUAUAUAAAAAAUCUAAGGUAGCAAUGCGUUGGCAAACUGAAAGUGAAUUGGUCAGUGGUAAAGGUCAGUUCAUUUGUGGCAAUAAAAUUUGUAAUGAAACAUCACAUCUACGGACAUGGGAAGUAAAUUUUAAUUACAUGGAACACUCUGUAUCAAAAAACACACUGGUCAAACUAAGGUUGUGUAUGGAUUGCUCCAAUAAAUUGAAUUAUAAACAUAAAAAGAAAGAAGUCAAGCGUCAAAUUUCCAAAUCGAAAAAAGAUAAAUCAAAACAUUCCAACAAAGAACGCGAAAAAUCCAUURGUCGACCAACUACUGGCGUCCAGAGUGAAUCACCAGUAACAUCUAAGCUAGCAAUUGAAGAUAAUGUUUGGAGUGAACAGUUACAAAUAGACGAUGAAAAACCAAGAGAGGAUGAUUUUGAAAAUUACUUAGAACAACUGUUAUUUUAAAUAAAUUGUUAUAUUUUAUUAACUUAA